AUGGACGCACCAACUUCGGGAUGGUUCUUUGAAGCUUUCCACUACCUGAAUGUAGCGCUUGGCCCUCAAUAUCUUGAUUUACUGCAAAAAUGGAUGGACUACGAGCGUAAGAACAAUUGGCUCAACCCUCACAAAUUGGCUGGGUUUUCACCUGAGAACCGGCCAUCUGUGCUGUUGGCUUGGAUGAAAAAUCGACCUCGACCUUUGCCAAAAGUCGACAAAAGAGGCUUUUUCACACCGAAGUUUGUGCAGGAGGUAUGGGCUUGGUGGGCUAGUCUACAACCUGAUUGGCGAUCGCUGGAUAAGAAUGGGUUACCCAUGUCCUUUGAAGAGUUUGGGGAUGAUUUGUCGUCGCUCAACAAGCAUGGCAGAAACGCAUGGGUUGGCCUACUUGCUUGUCUCAAAUGGUGGAAAGUUGGUUUGGGAUACCAUGUUGCUGAUGAUAACGAAGCACCCGUUCACGAAUGGCUCACUAUUAUUGCAGACAUGACAAGAAUGCUAGACAAAUUAGUUGCUGAAUAA